AAUAGUGGGGGAAGAUCUCCCUAUCGACGACGCUCAUCUCACCGUCGUUUGCCUAGACAAAAGAGAGUCACCGCCUCCUCCGCCUUCUCAUCGCCGGCCCCUGCCUCCGCCACUCGCCCACUCCCUGCCCCUAGUCCCGAUCUCGCGCCGUCGGCCACCGAUCCUGCCCCUAGUUCCGAUCCUAGUCCCAGCCGUCUCCCCCAUACCCCAACCGCCUCCCCCAUACCCCAGCCGCCUCCGCUCAUUCCUCCCCGCGCAGAGCCGCGGCGGCCGCCUGCCAACGCCGGGACGGACUACUGGUCAGCAGGUUCAGUCCAGGACGCGGCUGGUACAGUGACACCUGGAGCCCUGCCGCUCCACUGAACUAGCGAUCCGAAGGAGCGGACGGGCGCACACCAGGUGUUCGAGGGAAUGCACCUCUGAAACGCCUUCCCCACUUAGCCUCCGGGAGACGAACGAGCAGAGUUGAGAAUGACGUUCGGGUCUGUCAUCGAGAGGAAUGUGGCGCGGCCACUCAUGAGGCUGGUCACCAUGGGCGGUGCACCGAUCCUGCAGCAGCUCCACCUGGAGGAAAGGCUGCUGCGCCGCACCAGCGAUAACUGGUGCAUCGUCAAUGAUGGCACGGCUCCUCCCACCAUUGUCAUGGGUGUCUCUGGGAAGGUCUCUGAGCUCGUCGAGAUACGGCCUGUGCUUCGAGAUCAUGUGCCAGUGGUAAGGCGUUUCAGUGGGGGUGGCACCGUCAUUGUUGAUCAGGGGACAGUUUUCGUCACCUUCAUAUGCAACAAGACUGCCAUCGCUGGGUUGCAGCCGUUUCCCCGCGACAUCAUGUCAUGGACAGGCCAGCUGUAUGGUAAAGUGUUCCGUGGAUUCGGCGAAUUUCAUCUGCGGGAAAAUGACUAUGCAUUCGAUCAUCGAAAGUUUGGUGGAAAUGCUCAGUCCAUAACAAAAGAUCGUUGGGUACACCACACAUCAUUCUUAUGGGAUUAUGAUGUGAAAAAUAUGGGUUAUCUAAAAAACCCACAACGUGCUCCUGAAUAUCGCCAGGCGAGGGACCACUCAGAUUUCCUGUGCCGCAUGAACGAGUACAUGCCAUCACGGUCAGUUUUCACUGAAGGGAUUACCGCGGCCCUCGGAGACCACUUUACGGUCCAACACACAGAGCUAGAGACAGCGCUCCCCGAAGACUUCAUGCCUUCUACGAAGGUGCUAUCGCCGCAGGACUUGCAAGACAUCAUCUCCUCCAAAGAGCCCCCCACAGCAGAGAGAAUUCAACGAUGGCCACGGUGAUAAAGAUCACUGCGUGUUUUGUGACAUAUGGCAAUUUUUAUGCCACACGGUGUACUCAACUUGGAGUCACUGCUUUCACUUGAUUUUGACAAAUCAGUUAGUCAGAAGGUGUAGUUCCAAUAUUUUUGGCAGCCUUGGUGCUGUUGCCUGGUGAAAAUCGGUGAUAGGAUUCGGACGAGGCUUUGUGAACAUGCUUGGUUGGCAGGCCAUUUGCGCUGUCAUGAGUUACCGCACAUGAGUUAUCUUUGGUAAACUGCUUGCAGAUCAUUGUACGCGGUCCACAUACUACGCACCGUCGCACACAAUUUGUUGAACAUGAUAGUUUGCCCAUGAACACGCACGGUUCUUGAAUUUCAAUUGUGUGUUAUCUCGACUUAUCACACGCGUGUUUCGAACG